AACAAUAAAUAUAAUAAAUUUUUAAAAAGUAGUUCAUUUUUAAAACCUUAUCUCUCCUCUCUCUCUCUCUUCUUUCUCUCUCUACUGUUUUUACAAAAAUUUCACCUUGAAAAAUACUUGCUCUUCCCGGCACCGGCAGCAAAUUUAUUAAAGGGGUCGGAAUCCAACUAUUAAAGCGUGAAAUCCAUCUCGACCCUUCUCUCUUGUUCGGGGUGCAUCUGUAUGUGUUCUUCAAUUAAAAAAUGCAAAUCUCACUAGCCACAACAAUCCCAAAAGUACCGUCAUUCUCGACAUUUUACCAUUCGACCUCACACCAAGCUCAAAACAAUGUUCAAAAACCGAGCCAUGGUCUCUCAGCGCAAACACGCAUCAGUCUUCCAGCUCCAUGUGCUGUCAAAAGUUCCUCUACUGGCUUCUUGUCUGCCAUUGAGCGAGCGAUAGAGGAAGAAGAGUAUAGAAAAGCCAGGGCUGAGGUAAACCGGAAAGGGUUAAAUGUUGAAGGUUAUUCAAUUGAAGGACAGUCGAUUGGUGGGCACGAGACAUGUGUUAUUGUGCCACAACUAAAGGCUGCUUUCGAUAUUGGGAGAUGUCCUUCAAGGGCUGUUCAUCAAAACUUCUUGUUUAUCACUCACGCUCAUCUCGACCACAUUGGUGGACUUCCUAUGUACAUUGCCACUCGUGGCUUGUAUGGAUUGAAGCCUCCGACUGUCUUUGUGCCUCCUUCCAUAAAAGAGGAUGUAGAGAAGUUGCUUGAUGUUCAUAGAUCUAUGAGUCAGGUAGAACUCAACGUGGAUCUCGUUGCUUUGGAUGUAGGGGAAACAUAUGAGAUGCGGAAUGACCUCGUAGUAAGACCAGUUAGAACUCAUCAUGUUAUUCCCAGCCAGGGCUAUGUGAUAUAUUCAGUACGAAAGAAGCUGAAGAAACAAUACAUUCAUCUCGAGGGAAAAAAAAUUGAGAAACUGAAGAAAUCGGGCGUUCAGAUAACAGAUAGCGUGUUGUGUCCAGAAGUAGCGUUCACAGGAGAUACAGCAUCGGAUUUUUAUCUUGAUCCUCGCAGCGCUGAUGCUUUGCGGGCAAAAAUUCUUAUAACCGAGGCAACUUUCUUGGAUGACAACUGCAAUGUCGAGCAUGCACGAGAGCACGGUCAUACUCAUUUAUACGAGAUAAUGGAGCACGCAAAAUGGAUAAGGAACAAAACACUCGUUUUAACCCAUUUUUCACCGCGCUACACUAUUGAGGAAAUUCGACAAGGUAUAUCGAAGUUGCAACCCCAGAUAUCAGCCAAAGUGGUUGCCUUAACUGAGGGCUUCAAAUCAAUGCACUUAUAGUCUAAGUUGUUGCGGACUCUCCACUUUCGAUGCUGCACCCGUGUCGGAUUCUCCAAAAAUACACUAGGUUUGGCAAAUCGGACACGAACGCACCCGUUAACGUUUUUGAAGAGUCCGGACAACAUAGCUUAUAGUCAUUCUUUUGAUCUUCUUUUGUAAGAAAGCUUACAUGAGUACCUAGUUAGUAGAGGACAAUUCAUGCCGAAGGGGAGUCAUGGCGUAACUGAUAAAGUUAUUGUCACAUGACCAGCGGGUCAUGAGCUCAAACUGCGAGACUCAAAGUCUCUGGUAGAAAUGCAGGAUAAGGUUGUGUACUAUACGUCCGUCGGUCCGUGUGGUCCAAAUCUUUUCUAAACUCCACACAUAACAAGAGUGUUAGUGCACCUUAUAGAAGAAAUAUGUUGCAUAUUUUUGGAUUGCUUUAUACUAUUUUCGAUUUUUUUUGUCGAGCCAAAGAUCUAUCGGAAAUUGUCUCUUUACUUUUCA